AUGUUAGGAUUAAAAACUUCACCUUCUUUGUUAGGAUUAGAUGAUGAUGGCAUACAGGUUCCAGGAGGAUUUGGAGACAGAGGUGUGGAGGGGAAGAUCCUAGCUGCUAAAUACGCACACGAAAAAAAAGUUCCGUAUCUUGGCACUUGUCUUGGCAUGCAGAUUGCUGUCAUCGAGUUUGCUCGUUCUGUCAUGAACUUGAAGGAGGCAAACAUCAUGGAAUUUGAUCCUGAUACAUCUACUCCCGUUGUCAUUUUUAUGCCGGAGGUCUCCAAGACUCACAUGGGAGGCAUAAUGAGACUUGGAUCAAGGAGGACCUUUUUCCAGGUUGCUGAUUGCAAAUCUGCAAAGUUGUACGGUAACGUUAGCUUUGUGGAUGAGCGGCAUCGACAUAGAUACGAGGUGAAUCCUAGUAUGGUCCCAGAAUUCGAAAAACAUGGUCUCACUUUCGUAUUUUCCCCUUGA